AGCCCUCCUUCCUUGCAGGAGCCAUCCCUGCCCAGGCCAGGGCAGCCACUGGUGAAGCCCCUAACCCAGCUGGACGGAGAGAACCCUCAGCAUGCCCUGGACAUCAACAAAGUGAUGCUGCGGCUCCUGGGGGAUGGAUCCGUAGAGUCCUGGCAGAGGCAGACCAUGGGCACAUACCUGGUGCGGCAGGGGCAGUGCCGGCCAGGGCUGCGGAAUGAGCUCUUCAGCCAGCUGGUGGCCCAGCUAUGGCAGAACCCAGACGAACAGCAGAGCCAGCGGGGCUGGGCCCUCAUGGCUGUUCUGCUCAGCGCCUUCCCCCCACUGCCUGUCCUGCAGAAGCCGCUGCUCAAGUUCGUGUCUGACCAGGCCCCCAGGGGCAUGGCAGCGCUGUGCCAGCACAAGCUGCUGGGGGCCUUGGAGCAGUCGCAGUUGGCCCCAGGGGCCACUCGGGCCCACCCUCCAACCCAGCUGGAGUGGAUGGCCGGAUGGCGGCGGGGCCGCAUGGCGCUGGACGUGUUCACCUUCAGCGAGGAGUGCUACUCAGCCGAGGUGGAGUCCUGGACCACGGGCGAGCAGCUGGCUGGGUGGAUCCUGCAGAGCAGAGGCCUGGAGGUGCCUCCCCGGGGCUGGUCCGUGUCACUGCAUUCCAGGGACACAUGGCAGGACUUGGCUGGCUGCGACUUUGUGCUGGACCUAAUCAGCCAGACUGAGGACCUGGGGGACCCAGCUGCUCCCCACAGCUACCCCAUCACUCCUCUUGGCUCAACCGAGGCCAUUCCCCUUGCCCCUGGCAUCCAGGCCCCCUCACUGCCCCCAGGACCCCCUCCAGGUCCAGCCCCAACGCUGCCCAGCAGGGACCACACAGGGGAGGUCCAGAGAUCAGGGAGCCUGGACGGCUUCCUGGACCAGAUCUUCCAGCCAGUGAUGUCCUCCGGCCUCAGUGAUCUGGAACAAAGCUGGGCUCUGAGCAGCCGCAUGAAGGGAGGGGGCGCCGUUGGGCCCACGCAGCAGGGGUACCCCAUGGUGUACCCAGGAAUGAUUCAGAUGCCUGGAUACCAGCCAGGCAUGGUCCCUGCACCCAUGCCCAUGAUGCCAGCAAUGGGCACAGUCCCUGCCAUGCCAGCCAUGGUGGUGCCGCCGCAGCCGCCGCUUCCCAGCCUGGACGCAGGGCAGCUGGCCAUCCAGCAGCAGAACUUCAUCAACCAGCAGGCACUGAUCCUGGCCCAGCAGAUGACAGCUCAGGCCAUGACCCUGUCCCUGGAGCAGCAGACGCAGCAGCGGCAGCGGCAGGCUCGGGCCUCCGAGGCGGCGUCCCAGGCCUCACCCUCAGCCAUCACCUCCAAGCCCAGGAAGCCCCCCACACCCCUGGAGAAGCCACAGCAUGACCUGGAAUCAGAGGGUGGCUGCCUGAGGGAGACCUCCGAGGAGGCUGAAGACAGGCCCUGUCGGCCCAAGAGCUUCCAGCAGAAACGGAACUACUUCCAGAAGAUGGGACAGCCGCAGAUCACAGUGAGGACGAUGAAGCCUCCCGCCAAGGUCCAGAUCCCCCAGGAGGAGGCGCAGGAGGAGGAGGAGGAGGAGCAGGAGGAGCAAGAAGUGGAAACAAGAGCAGUGCCGUCCCCUCCUCCUCCCCCCAUCAUGAAGAAGCCAUUGAAGCAAGGUGGGGCCAAAGCUGCAAAAGAGGCUGAGGCUGAGCCAGUCAAGGAGACAGCGGCCAAGGGCGGUGGCCAAGGGCCAGCCCAAGGUAGGGGGAUCGUGGUGCGCAGCUCAGACCCCAAGCCCAAGCGGCCACAACCCAGCAGGGAAAUUGGCAACAUCAUCCGCAUGUACCAGAGCCGCCCGGGCCCCGUGCCUGUGCCUGUGCAGCCAUCCAGGCCUCCCAAAACUUUCCUGAAGAAAAUUGACCCCAAGGACGAGGCUCUGGCCAAGCUGGGCAUCAACGGUGCCCACUCGUCCCCGCCGAUGCUGUCCUCCAGUCCAGGAAAGGGCCCCCCACCAGCUGUGGCUCCUCGACCCAAGGCCCCACUACAGCUUGGGCCCUCUAGCUCCAUCAAGGAAAAGCAGGGGCCCCUUCUGGACCUGUUUGGCCAGAAGCUGCCCACUGCCCAGACACCCCCACCUCCACCAGCGCCACCACUGCCUCUGCCCGAGGACCCAGGGACCCUUUCAGCCGAGCGUCGUUGCUUGACACAGCCCAUGGAGGACCAGGGCGUUUCCACCCAGCUACUCGCGCCCUCUGGCAGCGUGUGCUUCUCCUACACUGGCAAGCCCUGGAAGUUGUUCCUACGCAAGGAGGUGUUCUACCCACGGGAGAACUUGAGCCAUCCCUACUACCUGCGGCUGCUCUGUGAGCAGAUCCUGCGGGACACCUUCUCCGAGUCCUGUAUCCGGAUUUCCCAGGAUGAGCGACGGAAAAUGAAAGACCUGCUGGGAGACUUGGAGGUGGACCUGGAUUCUCUCACCACCACUGAAGACGGCGUCAAGAAGCGCAUCGUGGUGGCUGCUCGGGACAACUGGGCCAAUUACUUCUCCCGCUUCUUUCCUGUCUCGGGUGAGAGUGGCAGCGACGUGCAGCUGCUAGCCGUGUCCCACCGCGGGCUGCGACUGCUCAAGGUGACCCAAGCCUCCAGCCUCCGCCCACACCAGCUGAAGAUUCUCUGCUCAUACAGCUUCGCAGAGGUGCUGGGUGUGGAGUGCCGGGGCAGCUCCACCCUGCAGCUAUCGUUGAAGAGCGAGCAGCUGGUGUUGCACACAGCCUGGGCAAGGGCCAUCGAGGCGCUGGUUAAGCUGUUCCUCAGUGAGCUUAAGAAGGACUCUGGCUAUGUCAUCGCCCUGCGCAGCUACAUCACUGACAACUGCAGCCUCCUCAGCUUCCACCGUGGGGACCUCAUCAAGCUGCUGCCGGUGGCCACCCUGGAGCCAGGCUGGCAGUUUGGCUCUGCCGGGGGCCGUUCCGGACUCUUUCCUGCGGACAUAGUGCAGCCGGCUGCCGCUCCCGACUUUUCCUUCUCCAAGGAGCAGAGGAGUGGCUGGCACAAGGGUCAGCUGUCCAACGGGGAACUAGGGCUGGCUCGGUGGGACAGGGCCUCAGAGCGCCCUGCCCACCCUUGGAGCCAGGCACACAGUGACGACUCGGAGGCCACCAGCCUGCCCUCCUCUGUGUCCUAUGCCUCUCUGUCCACCGACUCCCACAACUACACCAUGCAGGAAUUCGCCCUGCGUUACUUCCGGAAGUCCCAGGCCUUGCCGGGCCAGACAGAUGGAGGUGCUACAGGGAAGGACACAGACAGCCUGGUGCAGUACACCAAGGCUCCCAUUCAGGAGUCGCUCCUCAGCCUCAGUGAUGACGUGAACAAGCUGGCUGUGGCCAGCUUCCUGGCCCUGAUGCGGUUUAUGGGUGACCAGUCCAAGCCCCGGGGCAGGGAUGAGAUGGAUCUGCUCUAUGAACUGCUAAAGCUGUGCCAGGAGGAGAAGCUGAGGGAUGAGAUUUACUGCCAGGUUAUCAAGCAGGUCACGGGACACCCCCGGCCGGAACACUGCACUCGAGGCUGGAGCUUCCUCAGCCUUCUCACAGGCUGCUUCUCUCCGUCGACCAGGCUGAUGCCCUACCUGACCAAGUUCCUGCAGGAUUCAGGCCCCAGCCAAGAGCUGGCCCGGAGCAGCCAGGAGCACCUCCAGCGCACAGUCAAAUAUGGGGGGCGCCGGUGGAUGCUCCCACCGGGUGAAAUGAAGGCUUUCCUGAAAGGACAAGCCACUCGCCUGCUUCUUAUUCACCUGCCAGGAGGUGUGGAUUAUAGGACGAAUAUCCAUACUUUCACGGUGGCAGCAGAAGUGCAGGAGGAGCUGUGCCAGCAAAUGGGCAUCACAGAGCCUCAGGAAGUGCAGGAAUUCACCCUCUUCCUCAUCAAAGAGAAGGGCAAGCUGGUGCGGCCCCUGCGGCCUGCUGAAUACCUCAACAGUGUGGCAGUGGACCAGGACGUGAGCCUGCACAGCCGGCGGCUCGGCUGGGAGACCCCACUGCACUUCGAUAACUCCAUCUACAUCAGCACCCACUACAGCCAGGUGCUGCGGGACUACCUCCAGGGGAAGCUGCCGGUCAGCGCCAAGGCGGACGCGCAGCUCGCCAGGCUGGCCGCCCUGCAGCACCUCAGCAAGGCCAACGGGAACACUCCCUCAGAGCAGGACCUGCUAGCUUAUGUGCCACAGCAGCUGCAACGGCAGGUGAACAUGGCCUCCAUCAAGAACCUGAUGGGUCAGGAGCUGAGACAGCUGGGAGGACACAGCCCCCAGGAAGCACAGAUCAGCUUCAUUGAGGCCGUGAGCCAGCUGCCCCUCUUCGGCUAUACCGUCUACGUAGCGCUGAGAGUGAGCAUGCAGGCCCUGUCGGGACCCGCUCUCCUGGGGCUCAACCGCCAGCAUCUCAUCCUCAUGGACCCCAGCUCCCAGAAUCUGUACUGUCGCAUUGCCCUGAAGAGCCUGCAGCGGCUCCACCUGCUAAGCCCACUGGAGGAGAAGGGGCCCCCUGGCCUGGAACUCAACUAUGGCUCAGCUGACAACCCCCAGACCAUCUGGUUUGAGCUGCCACAGGCCCAGGAGCUGCUAUACACCACUGUCUUCCUGAUAGACAGCAGUGCCUCUUGCACUGAGUGGCCCAGCGUCAACUGAGAGGAGUGUAGGCCAGGGAGAGACGAGGGUGAGGCCUCCCCUGGCCCAAGUCUCACCCAGGUGGUCUGCCUUGGAUGCUAUCAGAUCACUGUUCCAGAACCUGCCACAGCACAGCCCAGCUGGCCCACAUGCAGGCCAUGAGGCAGGGGCUGCUAUCAUGUCACCAACAGGCAAAGAAAACAGCCAGAGCCCCUCCAGGACGGCCUGGGCCCAAAGAGGGCUGCAGGAACUCGCCUGGGCAAUCUGAGGUUGCCCAGUCUGAGGGAGACGCCCACCGGCCCCAGGCUCCGCCCAGGCCCCACAUUAGCACAAUCCCAGGCAUGGGAGAAACAGCUGCUGAGGAAAUAAAACUCCCCGGAGAAAA